GGUAGGGCACACCGCACCACCACCGUACGAGAGCAGCGAAUUGGAGGUCUGCGCAUAUACAAGGGACGGCGAGAAGCAUUUCAUUUUUCACCCGACGUAGCGAGUGGUAGAAGUCUGAGUGAGACUGCAGUUUUCAUUCCUCCUCACCUCAAAUCCUCAAGUCACUAUCGCAACGGCAGUCAUCUUCGGUUGUAAAUUUUAUUGCACAGUCAUUCUUUGAAUACGGUACAAUAGCGCACAGUGCAAGAGAGUAAUAUUAACAACUGAAUCAGAAGAGCGUUCGUAUUCGACUAGCCCUCAGCCUAGGCACCCAAGUCCUCUCCCUUCGGGAGGAAAUGGAGACUCUCAAGCGAGUGAAGCUCGGUCCUAAUGAGUUCGCGUAUUCGCAGCCCGCAUUCUUCGGCGUUCCAUCGCUCCAGUGCACCAGCAUCCCGAAGCCAGUUCCUUCCUUCGAUAAAGCCGGGAUUCCAGCGAUUUUCGCCGGUGCGGCGCCCCAAGAGCAUAGAUUUUCGCGCGACGUUCAGCGAGCCGUCGCCGGGGAUGGCUGCGACUCAGCGACGCGUCGCACGUGCCACUUCGAUCGCGUGCCCGACGAGCUGGUCGCGGAAAUCGCGCGCUGCGUCUUCGCCAAAGCGCAAUCGGCGGCGGACGUUGCGGGGAUGCUCGUGACGUGCCGGCGGUUCAGCGCCGUAUGUCAUCCCGCCGCGAGCUGGUCGCUUCGCGCCUCGGCCGCCGUCGAAAUGCUGCUGCCGGCGGACGCGGCGCGAUGGACGGCGGCGUCGCAGCGGCUUCUGCUGAGCGCCGCGGCGGAGGGAAACCUCGAGGCGAUUUACGUCGUGGGCAUGAUCUCCUUCUACUGCCUCAACAACCACUGGGCGGGCGCAAAGCUCCUCGCGCAGGCGGCGGAGGCGGGGCACGGCGCGGCGAUGUACUCGCUCGCGAUGAUCAACUUUCACGGCAGCGGCGGCGCGGCGGAAGACGCCAAUCCUGAGGUCGGUGUCGAGCUGAGCUGGCGCGCCGCGCGCCUCGGAUUCCUCCCCGCGUUACAGGAGUUAGGGCAUUGCUUUCUGGAUGGGUAUGGCGUCGCGCAGCGGACGUCGCUGGGGCAGCUGCUGCUGCAGCACGCGGCGGCGGGAUUGGCGGAAGAGGAUCGUCGGAGAAGCGGGACCAGCGGGAAGGUUCAGCCGCGGCGGCGGCGCUCCGCACCCGGCGCUUCUCCCGCUUGCGCGGAAUCAGGAGCUGCGGAAGGAAGCGGCCGCUUGCGCCAGCCGGCGCAGGCGCAGGCGCAGCCGGAGGCGCAUGUUCCGCAAGGGGGGAAGCGGGGGUUCUGCAGCAUGCACCGCUCGCGCAGCUGGCCGCAGUGCUUCGUCUCCAAGCGCGGCGGAGCUUCCGCGCGCGCGCGCAAGUGCGCGGGCGCGAGAGGUGACUGUAACGAAGGCGGUAGCAGGGGUUUGCUGAGAGGAGCCGAUGCGGUACUAGGCGCCAGGGAAGGUGAGACGAGGGAGGCACGGGCCGAGGAGGAGACGAAGCGAGGCGGUGACGAGCCAAGGGAAGAGCAGAGAGGGCAGGGGAAUUCGCGGGUCGGCGUUAUAGAGGGCGCGGAACAAUCGCGGCUAGGGCAACAGGCGCAGGCGAUGCAGCCGGCGCAGGCGGGCGAGAGAGGCUCGGGGAUGGUGACAGGUGAUGCAGCCGCCGCACGCUCGCGCUCUCCUGCAGGAGCGACGCGAACCCUAGUUUUCUCGCUCUGUUCAGAGGAGAGAGACGACGAGGAACAGGAGGCGCAGGAGGGGCAGGAGGGGCAGGAGGGGCAGGAGGGGCAGGAGGCGCAGGAGGCGCAGGAGGAGGAAGAUGCAAUGAUAGGAAUGAUGCUGGAGGGGGAUGACGGGGAGGGGCGGUUAGACUGGUGGGGAGUGGAGGGGGCAGAGGACGGGCAGGAAAGCCAUCAGCAGAGCCAUCAGCAGAGCCAGGGGUUUGGCGCACGCUCUCUGUCGCUCGAGCUGUCCCUGUCCCCCCCAUCUGCUUCGAGUCACUCAUCAGACGUAAGUGUUACUACUGCUGCUGGGGAUGCUGCUGCUGCUGCUGCUGCUGCUGCUGCCGCUCUUGCCAGCAUUUUCAGAGGCUGUGGGGUUGGGGGUGACCUGGACGCAUGGGGAGGUGAUGGGGGUGACCUGGACUCCUGGAUGGACUCAGAUGGGGAUGAGAGUGAUGGGGAGGAGGGGCAUGAGGAGGAUGAGGGGGAUGAGGGGGAUGAGGGGGAGGAGGAGCAGGAGGAGGAGGAGAGGGAGGAAGGGGGGUUGGCAGAAGCAGUUGCAGCAGGAGAGUUGAGGGGGGGCUCAAGCUACCCAGGUUUCCCUGUAGCGCCCUUCUCCUCUCUCUCCUUCAUUCGGCAAAGACUGCCUCUUGCCACCUCUGCUGCUACUGCUGCUGCUGCUGCCGCCCGUCUCAGAAGACCAGCCGGCGCAGCUGUGCCAGCUGUAGCAGCCACGUCAGCAGGGACAGCAUCUGCCACAGCCCUCCAGCUGGCGUUUCCCCGGCCGCAGGCUGCUCACCGCGUGCACGAUUUCCUCGCCAGCUGGCACGCGCUGCGCUCGCUGCCAGUUGGCAGGCGGUGCUGCGGUAACCCUGCGUGCUGCCGGCCGGAGACGCGGGAGAACGAGUUUAGGAGCUGUGUGCGGUGUGGGAAGGCCAAGUACUGUAGCAGGUCGUGCCAAGUGGCCGACUGGAAAUUCCGGCACUCCUUCAUUUGCUGCCCUGAGUGAGGGGCUGUCAACUGGUAACCCGGUGCAUGGUAACCCUAUGUGUGGUAACGCUAGUAAGGCCUGCGUGCUGCCGGCCGGAGACGAGGGCGAGUGAUGUCAGAAGCUGUGUGUGGUGUGGGCGGGCCAAGUACUGCACGCCGAUCGGGCCAAGUGGCCGACUGGAAGUUCUGACAUUCCUUCAUCUGCUGCCCAGAGUAAAACACUUGGUUUGUGGGCCGCCUCCAGCGGGCUUGGACAUUCAUUUAAUUUUCUCCCUGGAGUGACACUGUCAGCUUCAAUUGCUGCAUCCUUUGCCAGCUGCGCUUGCUGGUACCAAGGGUCAACGGGGAGCGCAUACACAAUGCGUGGUGGUUUACGGUAGAAUUUUCUUCCAAGGGGGAAGCAUGCUUGCCUAUUUUUCAACCUACAUUAUGGCUUGCUCCUUGUUGCGCCACUUUCUCUUGUUCCAAUGGGUUGUAUGGUACAUAGUAUUUGGAAG